AUGUUCCUGAAGAAGAACCUUACGGAAGAGGGCUCGUUGCCAGAGCACCAUUCCAACUCUCACCGCAACCACAAGCAUGGCGAGGGGCGUCACACGCCGCAUCUGAGGCCAUACGUCGACAUGGUCAUCUCCGCGUUCCAGGACCGGCGUUUCCAGCGGCGGACCUCCGUUUAUCAGAAGCGGGAUCUGCAGGAUCGGGUUGCGAAGAAGAAGUGGACGGGGCCGCCGUCGGAGACAAUCUACGGCGGCAUCUCCGUCCGCUCUAGCGAAAAUAAUGACAUUAUCAUCGCCCUCGCCAUCCGUGACACAACCUACUUCCUCGACUUCUCCGAGCACCACUUCCCCGUCGACGAGAGCUUCCACCCCACCGCAGACAUCAUCACCGACUUCGUCAUCCAUGAGCUGCGCAAGUACGAGCGCGAGCACCUCGAGAAGUUCAUCGGCAUUGCUCUGCCGCACGAGCUGGCGGAGCGCUGCCCGCAUCUGUGUCCCCGCCUAUGGGGGGAGCUGGAUAUCGUGCCGCUGGUCCUGCACGGCAAGGGCGUGCAUAGCGUCGGCUGGAUUAAUCGGGAGUAUUGGAAUACGAAGACGUUGGAUGAGCAGGCUGAGUCGGUGGCGAGGAAGUGCAUCACCUUCUUCGGGCCUAGCAAGGCGCCUCUGCUGCAGGUGGGGUAUCGCGGAGGUGUGGAGGUUGACUGCGGCUUCCAUGCUGUCCUGGCUAAUUUGUCGGAUUAUGAGCUGACGGUUGGCUCUCGCACGUGGAAUUCUGUGUUGAAAUAUGCGGAUGAUUUGAAGAAGCGCAAAGUCAAAGUUGCGUUUUUCAGCGCCACGCCGCAGGGCGGUGGUGUUGCGCUGAUGCGGCAUGCGCUGGUCAGAUUUGCGGAAAUGUUGGGCGUGGAUUUCAAGUGGUACGUCCCCCGCCCGCGCCCGGCCGUCUUCCGCAUCACAAAGACAAAUCACAACAUCUUCCAAGGCGUCUCCAAGCCCGAUGAACGUCUUACAGAGGAAAAUAAAGCCGCCCUCACAGACUGGAUCGUCGGCAAUGCCAAACGAUACUGGUUCGGCAAGGGCGGGCCUCUCUCCGCCCCAUGCGAGGGCGGCGCGGAUGUCAUCGUCAUCGACGAUCCACAGAUGCCUGGUCUAAUCCCCCUGAUUAAAGAGGUGACGCCGAUGCGGCCUGUCAUCUACCGCAGCCACAUCCAGGUCCGCAGCGACCUGAUUGCGGAUCCAACGACGCCGCAGGCAGAGGCGUGGAAUUAUUUCUGGGAUAGCAUCAAGUGCGCGGAUUUGUUUAUUAGCCAUCCCGUCUCGAGCUUUGUGCCGCAUAUGGUGCCGCGAGAGACGGUGGGGUACUUGCCGGCGUCGACAGAUUGGCUCGAUGGAUUGAAUAAGACCAUGGACGAUUUUGACAUUGGUUAUUACGGUCGUAUCUUCAACGCGAAAUGUCGCGAAAUCGGCAUGACCACCAUUGAUUAUCCAGAUGACGAGUACAUUGUCCAAAUCGCCCGCUUCGACCCAUCAAAGGGUAUCUUCGACCUCCUCGAUGCAUACGAAAAAUUCCGCAUCCUCUUCGGCGAAAACCGGCCCAAAGAAGAGAAGCCUCCCAAGCUCCUGAUCUGCGGACACGGCUCUGUCGACGACCCGGACGGCGUGGUAAUCUACGACGCCGUCAUCGAGCACAUCGACAACAACCUCGCCCACCUCAAGUCCUCCAUCUGCGUCAUGCACAUCCCGCCCUCGGAUCAGAUCCUCAACGCCCUCCUCUCCAAAGCGCGCGUGGCCCUCCAACUCUCCACCCGCGAGGGCUUCGAGGUAAAAGUCUCCGAGGCCCUGCACAAGGGCAAGCCCGUCAUCGCCACGCUCGCCGGCGGCAUCCCGCUGCAAGUGCAGGACGGCAAAAACGGCUUCCUCGUCGAAGUCGGCGACUCCGACGCCGUCGCGCACCACCUCUACAACCUCUGGACGGACGACGAGCUCUACUACCGCCUCAGCAGCUGGGCCGCGGACAGCGUCAGCGACGAGGUGAGCACGGUCGGCAACGCGCUGUCGUGGCUGUAUCUGGCCAGCGAGGUGUCGAAGGGCAAGACCGUGGCGCCGAACGGGAAGUGGAUUAAUGAUAUGGCGCGCGAGGAGGCGAAGGAGCCGUAUGGCCGGCACGAGAAUCGGUUGAAGAGGACGUUGGGGGAUAAUCAGGGGAUUGGGGUUGGGGUUGGGGGGUUUUCGCUGCAUAGGGGGCGGUCGAGAGAUUUGGGAAAGUAA